GCCUUCUGAGAUUUUUUGCUUUCAGGUCACAUUUUCUUAGCUUUUUCUCUGCAGUCACAAGGGUGAGAAACUUAGUUUUGUUUUGUUUUGUUUUUUCAAAUAAAAGCCGAGAUUCUCACGUGAUUCUAGGAUCUGGAGAUUAAGAACAACACAAAAUAUUGCAAAAGUUGGAAACAUUGAAACUGACAAAUGCACUGGAUCCAUGUAGGCUCACCAAAAUCUUGUUUCUUUCUCCUAAAACAGUUGAAGCGACUGGAAGUAGGUUUCCAAAAUGCCAUGGUUCCAUCAGCAUGUGCCUGUUAAAUUGAGUACAGGAUUUCUAUGUCUCCUUCUCGUAUGGAACUUGGCUGCAGGCAUAAAAGGAGAAAAUAAGAAGGAGAAGAACGUGGCCGUGCUGGCUACUGCAGAGCUGCCUGCCAAAUCUGUUGAUCUGGCUGCGAUUAACCUGACUGAACUAGUGAAUGGAAUGUUAAAUACAGCUCUCAAAGGUACCAAAAAAUUCUUCUCUCUGCUGAGCAUUACCUCUUACAGCUCAUUUGCCUUCCACAAAGUUUCGGUCGCCAUUUAUAACAUUUCUAACCUGAAAAAUGUUGACCCCAGCAAGUUCCCUAUGAGGUAUUGCUACUGUUUAAACAACAUGACAAAUGACUUAACAGAUUUUACAGCUUUACUUGUUGAUAUUAUUGGAAACUCCACCAGUUACCUCACAGAAAUUUUCAAAUCCACCUCUAUCGUCUCAGUGAGUCAGAGCAAUGAUUCAGACUGUAUCUAUAUCUGCGUGAUGGCAGGCCGAAUAGGCAGAAAUAUGUCUGACUUUUGGGAAAUGAUAGAGAAGUCUCCUGUUAUUAAUUACACAUUUUCCAGUAAUAUGUCUGCGCUCCUGGAUAUAGACUCAAUUCUUCCCAGCUUAAUGACCUUACGAGAAGACCCUGACAAGAUUGCGGAUGAGCCCCCUGAAGACAUUUGGACAUUUAAAACGACCAGGAUGCCUUCCUGGGAACAGACUGUUGCAUGGAAAGGAGAUGAAAUCCUAUCUACAAGAUUUCCCACAUGGCCAAAGACUGUUGGUUUGAAAGGAUCUGGAUUUCCAAUUCUACAGCUGCCCUUGUGGUUACAGACAGAUGCUUCAAAAGGACAUGGCACUACAAGGCCGUCUCCUACUACCAUGGAAAGUGAUGAUAUUUUACCCCAAAUACAGCCAUCAACUGAAAUGUAUCCAUUCUGGACACAGCCAGCUUCUCCUGAAGUAACCAAAGUAUCUAUCCAAACAGAGUCGGAUCUGCCUUCAUUAUUGUUGUCUACCCCUGUAUUCAAGCCUGAAGUGUUACCAAAACUGCAUACAGCUUCCAGUAAGUACCUGCUCUCUGAGCAGCAAAAAAAUGGAGGAUGUCCACAGGCAACUCUUAAAGAGCCACCCAUGAACUCCCCUCCUGUUACCUUUAUGGCUCAAAAGAUCAAUCCUUGCGUGAUGGAGCUGUGUAAAUUUUUCCAGCAGUGCCUUUGUGUCAAUCAAAGAAGAAAUUCAAGAAAAGAAGCCAUGAGGUACUGUAUUGAAUACUAUUCCUGGUUCUUGAAAAAUGCAACUUACAUCUGUGAAAGGGUCAAAAGAAAGGCUUACUCACAAACAUUAAAGCAAAAAUGCCUUACAAACAUCUGUAAAUCUGUCUAAAGCACUGAGGGAAUUUACUGCAAAUGAGAAGAGUUCUGGCAGUCUUUAGUAGUCUUUUUCCAUUUAACAACAAUUGAUGGCUAGAUAUGUUAGUUGCAAAUAUUUGUAUCAACCAGCUAUUUUCUAGAGAUUUUUUUUUCCUCCACAGGGUUGUAUAAAUGAUGUAUAAAACCAGGUGAAUUUCAAACAAUAAAUUUAACUGUAAUGAAAUAUUUUAAAAAGAUUUUUAAACUGUGCUUUAUAAAAGAUAUCUAUAAAGACUGUUAAUGUAUGCAGAUUGUUAGU